ACAAACCAUUCCCCCCCUCUCCGCCCCCUUCCCCAAACCUUCUCCACGCCCCGAGGUUUGUGGGGUAUAAUGAUCUAAUUAGUAUCAUUCCCACCCGUACCUUAACAACGUCGAGUUUGCUUUCUUUGAACGGCUGCAGUCGGAGACGACGGUACAAGUAUGACGACGACGGAAGCCGAGAAGGUGGACGUGCUCAUCUGCGGCAGCGGGUCGGCCGGGCUGUGCGCGGCCGUGUGGCUCGCCCGGUUCGGCGUCAACUACCGGAUCCUCGAGCGGCGGGACGGGCCGCUGAAGACGGGGCAGGCCGACGGGGUGCAGACGCGGACGGUCGAGAUUUUCGACAGCUUCGGCAUUGCCGAGGAGCUGCUCCGGGAGGCCUACCACGUCCUCGAGGUCGCCUUCUGGGCGCCGGACCCGCGCGACCCCGGCGAGAUCGCCCGGACGCGGUACGCCGCCGACAAGGAGACGGCCAUCAGCCACCAGCCCCACGUGAUCCUCAACCAGGCCCGCCUGAAUGCGCUCAUGACGGGGCUGUUGGGGCCGGAGCCGCCGGUCGAGUACGGCUGCGAGGUGAGGGAGGUCCGGGUCGACGACGGGGCCGCCGCCGAGGACCCGGACGCGUACGCCGUGACGGUGACGGCGGUCAAGGACGGGGUAGAGAGGACCUACAGGGCCAAAUACGUCCUGGGCUGCGACGGGGCGCACAGCACGGUCCGGCGGUCGCUCGGGUUCAAGAUGGUGGGCGACAGCAGCGACGCGGUCUGGGGCGUCAUGGACGUGUACCCGCGGACGGAUUUCCCCGACAUCCGCAAGAAGUGCGUCAUCAACUCGGCGGCCGGCAGCAUCCUCGUGGUGCCGCGCGAGGGCGACGCGCUGGUCCGCCUCUACACGGAGCUGCCGGCGGGCACGCGCGUGGCCGACGUGAGCCUCGAGGGCCUGCAGGCGCACGCGCGCCGCGUCUUUGGCGGCCGCUACCCGCUCGACUUUGCCGAGACGGCCUGGUGGUCGGCCUACUCCAUCGGCCAGCGCCUCGCCGACCGCUUCCACCGCGCCCACCGCGUCUUCCUCACCGGCGACGCCUGCCACACCCACUCGCCCAAGGCCGGCCAGGGCAUGAACGUCAGCCUGCAGGACGGCCACAACGUCGGCUGGAAGCUCGGAAUGGUCCUGCGCCGCCUCGCCCGCCCGGACGUCCUGCUGCCCACGUACGUGCUCGAGCGCGAGCGCACCGCCGCCGAUCUCAUCGACUUCGACCGCGCCUUUGCCCGCCUCUUCGACUCGCGCUACCGCCGAGAGAACCACGUGUCGCCCCGGGACGUCGCCGACCACUUCGUCCGCGCCGGCCGCUACACCGCGGGGCAGGCCGUCCGCUACGACCCCUCCGUCAUCACGGCCGCCACCCCUUCCUCUUCUUCUUCUUCUUCUUCUGUAGCCUCGGGCCUCACCGUCGGCAUGGCCUUCCGCAGCGCCCAGGUCGUCCGCUUCUGCGACGCCAAGGCCAUGCAGCUCGUCAAGGGCAUGCCCGCCAACGGCCAGUGGUACCUCGUCGUCUUUGCCGGCGACCUGGCCCGGCCCGAGUCCGCGGCGCGCCUGAGAGAGGUCACCCGCUCGCUCGAGCGCAUCGCCUACCGCUUCACCCCGCCGGGGGCCGACCCGGACAGCGUCAUCGACCGGAUCUUGGUCCUCGCGUCCGACCGGAAAACGGUCGAGCAGGACGAGAUCCCUGCAUUCUUCACCCCCGUGACGGGCAAACGGGGCAUGAAAUGCCUGACCAAGGUGUUUGCCGACGAGGAGAGCUACAACUCGGGACACGGGCACGCAUACGAGGCGUACGGGGUCCAUCCCGAGAGAGGAGCGCUGGUGGUCGUGCGGCCGGAUCACUACGUGUCCAAGAUCGCUUCCCUGGACGAGGCCGACUCGUUAGAGCAGUUUUUCGAAGGGUUUAUGAUUCCGCAGCGGACCUGAGCUGUCAUCGUUUGUUUAAAUAUUUAAUUAAUUGGUAUUUUCCUACUUACAAUAUUAUGUCCAUGGUCCAACGGCACCAAGCAUCGACAAAAGUGUCGAGGAGAGAGAGAGAGAGAGAGCAC